UGUGGAUGUUUUCUACUUUGUAAAGUUUGAUGUAACGUUACAGUUAGCUGCUAGCACCACAGCUGAAGAUUCAAUUUUAACAGCUAAUGUUAGGCAGUCUCUUUGGAAGAUAUAACAUUAUACUGUUAUGACAUGCGAGCUGAGGUAAACUGUAAGCAAUAGCAUCAUGCCAGUACAGGCCUUCUCGUUCCCGGUCCCGGAGAUCAGGUUCUUUCAGGCUGGUCGACACAUCUUCAAGUUCAAGAUCACUUGCGGUGGCAACUAUAGUGGUGAGGACAUGAUGUAUGAUGAUUUUGUUAAUGAGGAGCUAGAGGAUGCCAUUCGCAUUGUUCUUGCCGGUUUGGAUACCCUUCAACCAUUUGCAACGAAACACUUCAACAUCUUUCCCUACAAGUGCAGGUGGGAGCGUGUGUCGAAUCUGCGUUUUGAACUGAAUGGGGUGAAGCUGUCUCCGUACCCCCACCUUAUCACGCUGUACGUGGAGCCCCGCAUCCACAGCCUUGCACACGCAGCAGGCAAGCAAACAGAGGACUGGGAUGUCACUGUGUCCAAACAGGAUGCUUCUUCACGCCCCUCUAGCCCUGGCAGACCAAGAAAACGUAGUAAGAAGGAACAGCCACCAGAGAGCACCCUUCGUCAACCCAUCAAGGAUGCAUACAGCCAACAAGGCGGUCAUCAGGACUCUCCAGAGCUGACUGAUGGGGCAGAAGCAAUAGAGUGUGACAGUCGGUGUCAUAUAUACACUACUGGUCAAAAGUUUGGGGUUAAUGCUGGAUUAGAAGAGUGCCUGAACAGCAUGCAAGAUGAAAACCUUGCAAAAGAGCUGCCACAUGAUUCAGAAGAGGAGACUGCACCAGAUGAACCUGAACAAGAAUCACUAGAGGAGGAGAAGCCCGGACUCCUGACUCGGCUGGCCAGGGCAACAUUUCCCCUUUCACUUUUCUUCAAAAGAUGAUUGGCACUGGCCCUAGGAUUGUGCAUUUACAAGUUGUUUGGACAUACCUUUACAUGCCAGUCUGAGAUCCACAUUUUGUUAAUGUAAAAGGAAAUAUUACUUUUGAGAUGUUUAGGAUUGGUCGACAAAACAUUGUGCAUUGUGCCUUUAGAUGAUACUUAGUCUGGAAUUUGUGCUUUGUUGUUAUUGAUUUGUAUAUGUUUUUAUGGUAAUAAACAGUUCAU